UUUCGAUCUCAUCUUUUUGUGAGGGAGUGUAUCGAUAAGGUCUGACAUUAACCGGCAUGGCUCCAGGAAUCAAUGGUAUUGUGUGAUCAAAUGGGCGCUGUGGUUGCAAGCCCUCAGGUUCAUCAAAGAUAGAAACAUUGUCAGCUAACAACUUUUGCACAGCCUCAGGUAUAAUUUCAGUCUGAACAUCAUCAGUAACCAAGCAAAAUUGAACAAGAUUUGCCACUGCCAACUUCUUAUCCAACUCUUUCAGCUGACAAGCAGAAAUAAGAGUUCACUGUUCAGUGUCAGAAACAAUUCCCUGCAAUAAGAUCUGUUGGCCAUCUUUGUUCACCGUCAAAGUCCUUGUAGACCAAUCAACUGUCAUUGGGCUGUGCUGCAUCAGCCAGUCCAUGCCCAAGAUCACAUCAUAAUUUCCGAGAGCCAACACCUUAAAAUCAGUACAAAACAUAUGCCCUUGGCUAACCCAUUCACAAUUCUGAAUCACAGACUGACAGUGCAAAACUGCUCCAUCAGCCACCUUCACUUGCACCUUGGUAGGCAGCCCCUGUACCCCAACUAAGCCGGCUGCCAACUUCUUACUGAUAAAACUAGCCGUGCUACCCGAAUCCACCAGAAUCAAAAUCUCCUUGCCUUGAAUUUGUCCCAGCAUUCUCAUGGAUCCACGGUGCUCAGAGCCCCGCAUAGCAUGUACAGAGAUUGCCAUUAUCUGCUGUUAUGCAGCUGAGUCCAGAACUGAACUGGUGUCUUCUUCAGAUUCAAAUAACACUGUAAACAGCUCCUGCACAGCAUGAAGCUGAACUGUGUUGGCACACUUGUGAGUAGGUGACCAUUUCUCGGCACAAAGGUAACACAGACCCUGGGCACGACGCUGAGCCUUAAGUGCACCAAUCUUAUCAACAGAAUUAGUUCCUCUUUUGAUUUCAGUCUCCCUCUUAUCCUCAAACUUCACCCCAGAACCUCCAGAACGCACAGGUGGAGCAGGUAAUGGAUAAGCACCCUUGAAAACUGAAUUGGGUCGAUGCAGCAUUCCCCCUUCAAUUUUCUUCUGCUCCUUCCCUGAAUUUCCUGAAUUGCCAUCAGCAGUCUCCAGAACUUCUUCCUGUAAACAAGCAACAGCCAACGCAGAUUCGAGAUUUUGUGGACGCUGAAGCAAAACAGCAUUUCUAAUUUCCCUUUUUAAACCCUCUGUAAACUUAUGGGUUAAGUACUUGGUGCUAACCACCGGAUCAUAAACAUCAGUUGAUUCAUCAAUUCAUCAAAACGCUCAUAAAACUCCCAAACAGUGCUGGUUUGCCUAAUGCUAUCCAUUUGUCUAAUUAAGGCCUCAUGUCGAUCCCUAUCGAACUUUUCAGAAACAGCAGCACAAAAAUCUUCCCAAACUGGAAAACGCAAAUGAGCUCGAGACGAUUUCAACCAAGAGGCUGCCCUACCCAUGAAGUAGAUGAUAGAAACUCUCACCCACAACCCUAGAAAAGUAUUAUUCACGUCGAAAUAAUGCUCACACUUCAUUCGCCAAUCCUGGGGAUCAGAACCAUCAAAUUUUGGAAAAUCCAAUUUAGGAACUCGAUGACUAUACUGACGUUCCCCUUGUUCAAAAUCAAAUUCCUCAGAUCCCCAACUAGCACCCUCAAAUUUCUGCGCAAAAUUGAAAUUCCCCUUAUGCGUGGGAUUAGAAUCGAACAUACCCUUGCCCGGGGCAAGGUUCUGAGUCAGAUGAACACCAGAAACCCUUCCCCGGAGUUGUGUUGCAGAGUGGUGGCCAUUGGCCCAUUUGCUUCCGCCCUCCGCCAUCAUGGGUUGAGUUGUUGGUGGCGGGGUAGGCAGCAACGGCACCUUCCGAUCCUCCGCCGCCGCUGGUUGAGAUGUUGGUGGCGGAGUGGGCAGCAACGACGCUUUCCUUUCCUCGUCCGUCAACGGAACUCGAGGGGAAAGCGCCGAAGAGGAAGCUUGAUUCAUUUUGCCGACGAGGUCCAGCUGCUGACGAAGAUCUCCUACUUCCGCGCGCAAAUCGUGGAUCGCCGAUUCCACCUGCGGAUGCCAUCCGUUGACUCCCGCAUCCAGCUUCGCCACCACAGCUUGAGUCUCCGCUUGCUUGUUGUUCAACGACACCAGCGACUCCUGAAUCUCGGCCAAAAUUUUUCCGAAGUCGUUGUUCUGCUUCUCCAUGGCCUCCACCUGCAUCUGCAACCUUGAGGUGUACCGUGGUUUCUCCAGGAUGAGAGCUCUGAUACCAAAUUGUCACGAACUCACUUCUCUCCGAUUCGAUUCACUCAAGUAACGAAGAAAUUUGAGGAUAGAAGUUUCGGGAGGAAGAAGAAGAGCAGAGCUAGAGGAAGAAGAAGAUGAAGGAAGCAGAGGAGAGUUUGAAAUAUUGGGGAAUAGUUUGUACAAUUUCUUUCAUGUCCCUAAACUCUCGACCCUGCCGAUCUUAUAUAGCAAUGAGCUAAUAGAUCUCUCUCACUGACCCGUGGCCCGGCAAACAUCACCGGGUCCACUCACUCUGAGGGAAUUUACUUGUGGGCCUCCUUGCCCGAGUGGAUCGCCUGGUUUGGAUGUCUUGAACUUCUGGAUCGCAUGGUGAUGACGACGUCGUGACAUGGACGCAGGAUUUUAAGAUGGCGUAUUCACUCAACCAUUACAAGUGUCAUGUCCCUAGUGUUGUAGUGGGAUAGAGUUAGGGCAUUUGAGAUUGUUGGAAGUGGUGUGAGCUAGGAGUAAAAAAAAUGGAUUUAUUGAGAAAAAAGAUUGGGAAUGAAGUAUUAGAUCUAUGUAAAUAUAUACAAAUGUGAUAUACCUAUAUAUAUUAAUUUUAUUACACAAAUUUUUAGGUAUCCCCAGGAAUACCCAGGAUCUUCAUUGCGUCUGACACUGCUUCAAUGAGCUCCACUUUUGCCUGAUGUAAAAGAGAAUAUAGUAUUGAAAGAAGAAAGAAAAUAACACACAGAAAAGAACUAGUGCUGUUCCAUGGCAGAGGUGGUGCUGGCUGGCUUACAUUUGGCAGCAUCGCCAACCUUCAUGAAGCUCCUCACUGACCCUUCAAUGUGCCUUGGCGUGGACAUGAAGCGUGAGCUCCAUGAACUAGAGACCACCAUCAUGCCGCAGUUUGAGCUGAUGAUUGAAGCAGCUGAUAAGCUUAACCACAGAUCCAAGCUGGACAAAUGGCUCGGGGAACUCAAGGAAGCCUUGUACAACGCUGAGGAUCUGCUCGACGAGCACGAGUACAAUGUCCUCAAGUGCAAAGCGAAGCGUGGGAGUGAUUCCUCUGUGGCGCAUGUCUCCUCCAUCAAUAACACUUUGAAGAAGCCUCUGCAUGCUGCAUUUAGCAGGGUGUCCAAUCUGCACCCAGAGAACAGAAAGCUACUUCGCCAGCUGAACGAACUGAAGGGCAUCCUGGCGAAAGCCGGGGAGUUCUGUGAACUGCUUGGUUUACCAGGUGGCAAUAGUGCAGAGGUCUCCAGCCUACCAAAAACUGCCGGUGUCGCUCCAGCUACAUCACUUCCACCACCAAAAGUUUUUGGUCGGGACAUGGACCGCAACCGUAUAGUAGAUUUUCUUAUUAAGAAGAGUGCCUUUGAGGCUAGCUACAUGGUUUUGGCCAUUGUUGGACAAGGGGGCAUGGGAAAAUCCACCUUGGCACAGUAUGUUUAUAACGAUGAUAGGGUGAAAGAACAUUUUGAUGUAAGGAUGUGGGUCUGCAUCUCACGCAAACUUGAUGUCCAUCGGCAUACACGGGAGAUUAUCAAGUCUGCAGAGAAGGGUGAGUGCCCACGUGUUGAUAAUCUUGACACUCUUCAGUGCAAACUAAGGGAAAUCCUGCAUGAAAAAGAGAAAUUCCUCCUUGUGUUGGAUGAUGUUUGGUUUGAUAAAUCUAACAACCAGAGUGAAUGGGACUUACUGCUCAAUCCUCUGCUAGCUUCUCAGAAAGGGGGAAGCAAAGUUUUGGUAACUUCUCGGUCAAAGACACUUCCAGCUGCUCUUUUCUGUGAAGAGGUCAUUGAUUUGGAAAACAUGAAAGAUAAUGAUUUCUUGGCACUCUUCAAACACUAUGCUUUCUCUGGAGCUGUCAUCCGAGAUCUGCAAUUGCACGGGAAGCUAGAAGAGAUUGCAGAGAGGAUUUGUAAAAGGCUUGGAAAAUCUCCUCUGGCUGCAAAAGUUGUGGGUUCCCAGUUGAAAGGGAAAAUUGAUAGCACUGCAUGGAAGGAUGCUCUAGCUAUAAAGAUUGACAACCUGAGAGCCAAUGGAAGCUCUGUCAUGGAGCUACCAAAAGUUACAUCCAUAUCUGCAGAGGUGCUUUCUGUAUUGCAGCUUAUUUCCAAAAGGUUUCAAGUAUAAAAUUGAUGAGUUGGUCCACCUUUGGGUGGCAGAGGGAUUAGUUGAUUCAGGCAACCUGAAUAAGAGUAUGGAAGACACUGGCCGGGAUUACUUCAAUGAGAUGGUGUCUGUAUCUUUCUUUCAACCCAUAUCUGAAAUGCAUGUCAGUAAACAGUACAGCAUGCAUGAUCUUCUCCAUGAGUUUGCAGAGUCACUUUCAAAAGAAGACUGCUUUAGAUUAGAAGAUG